CUUGGGUUCCCAAAACCUUUCUGGAAUGUCACUCUGGUCACCAGUAUCAGAGGGAGUUCGACCUCUAGGGGUGGUUCUCCAAGUGUGGUCGCCAAACCAGCCACAUCCCAGUGUCACCUGGGAGCUUGUUAGAAAUAGAAAUUAUUAGGCCCUGCUGCCGAUGCACAAAAUCAGAAACUUUGGGGCCUGGGCCUGGGAAUCUGUGUUUUAACAAGUCUGCUGGGUGAUUCUGAUGCACACUGAAGUGUGAGAACCACUGGUUUAAUGAGGAAGCCUGUGGGAAUACCUUCAAUCAAACAGAGAGAAUCUCGGUUCAGCCAGUUCCAUGGACCAAAGACAGAGGGGAAUCCUGGGCCAGCCCCUUUCCACCCCUACUUCCCAGCCCAAGCAGAAAAGGACAUCAAUAAUAUGUUUCUUUUCCAAGGUCUCUUGGAAACUGAGGUUCCAGAAGCGGGAGCCUCUGAAGAAUGUGUUUUUCAUCUUGGCAGAAAGAGCUCGGGACCCCAAUGCUAAAAAGCGUCACAUGGCAAUGAGAAGCCUGGGAACCAUGGCCUGUGAAGCCCCUGACAAGUUGAGAAAGUAUAAGAAAAUUGUCCUCGACCUGCUGGUGUAUGGACUGUAUGACCCUGUGAAUUUGGAAGUCAUCCAUGAGAGUAUGAAGACUCUGAUCGUCAUUCUGGGCAAGAUCCAGGGGAAAGGUUUGGGUUCCUUCUUCAUAGACAUCACCCUUCAGACCAGGACUUUAUUAGAUGAUGAGAACGACAGUCUGAGAUACUCGGCCUUUGUUUUGUUUGGGCAAUUGGCUGCCUUUGCCGGGAGGAAAUGGAAAAAAUUUUUCACCAGUCAGGUUAAGCAGACACGAGAUUCCCUCCUGAUCCAUUUACAGGACAGAAAUCCACAGGUUGCCAAGGCUUGCAAAACAACAUUUCGAGCCUGUUCUCCAUAUCUGAAACUAAAGAAGGAAUACAGCUUCCCGAGUGAAGAAGAUCAAAGGAACACUAAGCUCUACCGGCAGCUGAGCCACUAUCAUCCAGAGAUCCUGCAGUUCUUCUACGCAAAUAAAAUUCUGUAAGCACAGAGCAGCAGGGAAAUGGUUCUAUAUGAGUGCAUUGCUGAGCCAUCAUGUUCCCCUGUUUUAUCUCACUGGAUGCCUCUUCUGCUUGCCUCUUGGGAUUGUAAUGGAAAAGAAGGUGCUGGGAGAGCAAUCAAACGCAAAAAUAAUACAUGGAAUUGUAUGAUUAUAUCUAAAGUAAAACUCUAGACUGCUUUCACUUAUUUCAUUUCCUCCCUAUACAAAUCUGAUGAGCAGGUACACACUUUCUUUAAAACAUUCCAAGUGUAUAUAGAUUCAGUGCUUAUUUCUCAGCUUUUUCUUUCUUAAGUUCAUCUCUGUCACCUAGCUUUUCUUUUUACUACUCAAUUUCUGAGGCUUAGGAGAAUACUUGUUACCUUAAGGGUUUUUUUGUUGUUGUUGUUUGUUUGUUUGUUUUUAGUGUAUUUGCUAUUGAUACUUUGCUAUUGAUACCUUUUCUUGCCAAGAUUUAUUUAAAGUUGGCCAAGAUACCAAGAAGGUGGCUUGCAGGGGUAUCUUUGGCUUCUCAUAAUUUUAAACAGUCAUUGCUUUCAAGAUCAUUCUAAACAAGAAUUAAUAGACAGAAAAAAUCUAUAAAGCAUGUGUUGAAAAUCCUCAGGCUCAUGAUAACUUAUGGGAUAACAAUAGUAGGUAACACUUACCGAGUGCUUACAAUUUAGUGGGCACGGUCAAAGUGCUUUUUGUAAGUUCUAUUUAAUACUUGCAACAACCUUAUGAGAUAGUAAGUACUACUAUUGUUCUCAUUUUAUAGAUGAGAAAGCUAACACAUAGGGAAAUUAGGUAACUUGCCCCAGAUAACUCAGUAAACAGUGGAGCUGGAAUUCAAACAUGUAUGGUUUGACUUCUUGAGCCCAUACUCAAUAAUCAUGCCAUCCUGCCUCUCCGUGGAAUAACUGAUGGAUGGUUAGAAAUGUUAAAAACAAAACAAAUGCAAACGUCUCUGCUUCUGCUCCUCUACUAAGCCCAGUUAACCUUUGAUUUUAUAUGUACUAAGUAUACAUUUUUAUUAAUUUAUGUGAGCUGAGUGUAUGUUUUUAUUAAUUACUUUUUGGCUAUUAUUGCCAAUUAUUUUGGUGAUCAAUCCUAGUUAUCUGAGGAGUCACAUCACUCAUAAAAAUCACAAGAAAAAUCUCUUAGUCCCUCUCACCCACCUUCUAACCAGAUUGCAUCCCAAGCUUCUAUAGAAACCCAUGAACUCAGUAUCCAGGCCACACCCAGAGCGUUUUGUUCAAGACAAUUUAAAACACGAGAGAUUAUAAAAGCUACAGCCAGAUCUUAAAUGGCAUUCUGAGAACCAGGAACUCAAUUUUCUGCUGUAGCUCCCAGGGACAGGGUGGUGUGACACAGAUGUGGGGAUAAGGAGAGCCCUAGGUGAGACAAGGACGUGGGAGAUGGCAGACGGAGUGGCAAGUGCCAGGCAGGAAUGGAUUUUCUUCCUUUCUGUUUUGAAUCUGAAGAACAUGACAGCAAGAGAUUUUAGGAGGGACACAGGCUCAAGAGCAAAUGGGUGGUUCUGAGCUGUAAGCCCCCUGCCCCUCCCCAGCACCCACUCCCCAGAUGUUGGCCUCUUUGAAAUUUUGUUGCAAGGUUGGUUUAAACUUGAUGCAGUUCCAUUAAGUGAUCAGUGAGUGGUCUGAGAAAUGGCUGCAUGUGGUUGGCAUUCAAAAAGGUGGGGAUGGGGUGAGAUGGGUGGGGUUAUGUGCUCUAGAGUAGAAAAACCUAUGCAGAGGCCGGGCGCGGUGGCUCACGCUUGUAAUACCAGUGAUUUGGGAGGCCGAGGCGGGCGGAUCACGAGGUCAGGAGAUCGAGACCACGGUAAAACCCCGUCUCUACUAAAAAUACAAAAAAAUUAGCCGGGCGUGGUGGUGGGCACCUGUAGUCCCAGCUACUUGGAGAGGCUGAGGCAGGAGAAUGGCGUGAACCCGGGAGGCGGAGCUUGCAGUGAGCAGAGAUCACGCCACUGCACUCCAGCCUGGGUGACAGAGCCAGACUCCAUCUCAAAAAAAAAAAAAAAAAAGAAAAACCUAUGCAGUUAAUGUCCCUCUGUCAGUUAAAAUUGUGGAACACGCAGUUGGGUUAUUUGACUUUUAAGAUUCAAUGGUAGCCUUUUAUUUUGGUGGCCCCCAAUGAGUCAUGCCUCCUGAUACUCAUGUCCUUAUUUAGUCCCUUCUGUUCGAAUCUGGGCUGCCUUUGUGACUUGCUUUAAUCAGGAGAUUGUGAUAAAUGGCACUCUGCCGGGCCUAGAAACCCUGGCAGUUUCCUCGUUUGAACUGCGGGGGAAGCCAGCUGCUACAUAAGAAGUUGAACUACCAGGAACAAAGGAGAGUGCCUGAGAUCACCAUGUGAAGGAGAACGGAAACACCCAAACCACAGCAGAGUCUGAGGCCCAGACACAUGACACAAGUUGUCCCUUCCAGACAGACCCUAGCUGUUGAAGCUACUCCAGCUGCCACCAUAUGGAAAAGAGACGAGCGUCUCCAUCAAGCCCAUCUCAAUUGCAGAAGCAUGAACAAAGAAUCAAAUGACUGUUGUUUUAAGUCAUUAACUUUUGGGAUAAUUUGUCACACAGCAAUAAGUAACCAAAGAAGAUUCCUUAUUAUUAACUGUUGUCUUGGCUAAUUUUGUUUUGCUCUUCAUAAGUCCUCUUCGAGUUUAAAUUCUAUUUCCAGAAAUUUAUGUUAUCAUGAAAUUCGGUGGCAAGAGCAAGGGACCAUGUUUUUUUGUUUGUUUGUUUGUUUCUGUUUCUCACCAUACCUGUCACAGGGCCUGGCCAUGUGAUUAAGGAACAUUUGCUGAAUGAUUAAUGAUUCCAAAUUGUAGAGGGAAUAAAGUCUAACGUCCAGUCUGCCAUUUCAGGCUUUCAACCUUCCUUUUCUUCUGUUACUCUCUUUGCUUUAGCCAAGUUUGGGUCCUUUCUCUUCUCUCAAUAUGUCUUGUUCUCCUACACCCCCUCACCUUUGUUCAAUCUGCUAUUUCACCUGGACUAACAUGCACGCACACACACAUUUCACGUGUAUAUCUUAUCUGUACUCCAACACCUAGGUCAAAGUCCUGAUCCCCCCAAUCAGGGGAGAGCUUGAGUCUCUGAAUUCCCAGAAUAUUCUAGCAAUAUUAUACUACUUAUAUCUUAUCUGAAAAGUUUUUUUUUUCUGUAUGUCUUUAUGUUCCCCUCCCCCCCACCCCCCCCCCGUUAGAUUGAAACUACAGAAGGCAGGGCUCUAUCUUGUACAUCAUUGUAUCUUCCCAGUGACUGCAAAAGUACUCUGUAAAUGAAUGUUGAUUGGGGGAAAAAUGUCAGAAAGUAAUCUGAAGCUGUCACUCCUUCCUGGGAGGAGCCCAUUUUGACAAAUGAGGGUCAUCGAUUUCAUUCCUUAUAACCAAUGUACAGGUUACUUUUAUGCUUGUGCAUUUCAAGUUUCCCCUUCCCCGUGUUUAUUUGAAUGCCAACCCAAAGGUAAUGUUUUGACAUUUCUUAAUUUUGAACAUUAAUUUUGAACUUAUUGAGCAGUUGAAUGAAAGAAAGAAAAAAGGAAGUUCAAGUGCCCUGCCCUCAAUGCUAAGUGCUCAAGGUAAAGAAGGAAUGUUCAAGUGCCCUGCCCCUCAUGCUAAGUGCUCAGGGUAGAGCUAGGCUUGGUCCCCUGUGUCCCUGGUGCUCAUGAGAUGGGUCUUCUUUUAUUUUUGAGAUGGAGCCUCGCUCUGUCACCCAGGCUGGAGUGCAAUGGCACGAUCUUGGCUCACUGCAACCUCCACCUCCCGGGUUUAAGCGAUUCUCCUGUCUCAGCCUCCUGAGUAGCUGAGAUUGCAGGUGCCUGCCACCACACCCGGCUAAUUUUUGUAUUUUUUGUAGAGACAGGGUUUCACCAUGUUGGCCAGGCUGGUCUCGAACUCCUGACCUCAAGUGAUCUGCCCACCUUGGUCUUCCAAAAUGCUGGGAUUACAGGUGUGAGCCACUGCGCCCAGCUGAGAUAGGUCUUUCUUAAAGGGGAGAGGGAAGUGGUGGAGAGAGAGGAGAGAAAAUGACAAAGGAGGAGGCUGAGAAUCUAACAGGUGUGACCAAUUCUGCUAAUCAAUGAGAGCAGAAGCCUGUGAACUUCCAGUCAAUAGACCACUUAAUUGGGGGAACACUUCACACGUUAUAAAAAAGCACUAGAGUGUUUUGAAAGUGAGAAACAACAGCUGUGUAGUAUAGCUAGCGGUUAGUGUUGUACGGAAGACAUAUUUGUGUGUUUCUGCGUUUUCUAAGUUUGCUGCAAUGAGCAUGUAUUACUUUCAUAGUUAUAAAACACAUGCAAAAGUGCCCUUUUAAAAUGAAAAGAAGUCCAUGAAUGUAAGUGAUAUAUAUGCUUUGGAAAGCCUGGGACAGUCAUUGUUUACUCUCAAUAGUAUGUGUUUGCCUUUGUCCUUUUGAGACAUUUUGUUUUAAUCUGUUGAUGACAAUAACCUGUUGAUAAUAUAACUUGACAAAUAAAAUGACUUAUGAUUGAUUAUCAUUUUAUUUAUGUUACUGAACUUACAUUAAAUUCAUCUGACCACAGUAGAGUAAA